AUGAGAACUCAUCUACAGAUUCGUCUCACGGUUGAGGAAAGUCCACGACUCAUUGCCUGUCAGACACAUCUCUCCAGAGACCUUGGAGAAAGCGAGGCUCUUCUGGAUUCAGGCAACUCAAGCAACAUACUUCUCGCACGAGCUCAAGGCACUGCAGCAGUACACCUAGAGGCGGUUAGUGACUACUCAACGAAGGGAUUCAUUGCCGCCUAUCGACGCUUCUCAUCCAGACGCGGCAUCGCUCACACCUUACACUCAGACUGCGGCACCAAUUUUAUCGGCGCGGAUACAGCUCUCAAAAGGCUAUUUAUCCAGAGCACUCAAGACCAUCAGCGAGUUUCUCACCUGCUCUCGCAAGAUAACACCCGAUGGGAAUUUAAUCCCCCAGCGACACCUCACAUGGGAGAAAAAUGGGAGGCCGUCGUAAAAUCCAUCAAGUACCACCUACGGCGGACCAUUGGAGAAAGCGUGCUCACCUUUGAGGAGCUCACCACAUUGCUCACUCAAAUUGAGGCAAUUCUCAACUCGCGCCCUCUCGAACCAUUGAGUGACGACACAGACGACAUCUCAGCACUCACGCUAGGUCACUUCCUCGUAGGAAGUCCGCUCACCGCCAUACCAGAGCCCUCACUCACCAACCUGGCAAUCUCAAGACUCUCACGAUGGCAGCUCAUCCAGCAAAAGGCACAACAUUUUUGGACACACUGGGCAGCGCAUUACCUACAACGACAACAAGCCAUCUCGAAGUGGCACCACAGGAACAACGAGAUCAAGAUCGGAUCAUUGGUGCUCAUCACCGACGAGCGGCUACCGCCAUGCAAAUGGCCGUUAGCCCGGAUCACGGCCCUACAUCCUGGGAAGGAUGGUCUCGUGCGGGUGGUGACUCUGAAGACAUCCACUACCACUCUCAUUCGACCAGUGAUAAAGCUCUCCGUCCUGCCAAUCUCAUCAUAAGAUCAGGGAUCAUCAACUACGUUGCUGAUGGCGGGCGGAAUGUUCGAGAUUCAUUUCUGAAUCUCGGUCAGUUCGUCACCGGCGUGAUGGCAGCAUCAGCCGGGUCGGAUCGUGCAGCGCCGCAGGAGCGCUGCGC